AAUUUUCCAAUAUUUGAUACAAAUUAAUUUCUUAAAUGUUGAUGCAAAUGUAGCAUCCAAAAGCUGGGUAUAAAAAACCUGAAUGAGAGUUUCCCUCAUCUUACACAAAGAAGCCGCCAGUGAGUCGUGAGCAAGUGUUUUUCACUUUCCGGCAUCUGAAUUCUCACCGUGUUGUCACCUGUUCGUGUCACCUUUCUAACAUAGCGCUCAGAGCAUGUUCAAGUCUCUCCCGCAGAGGAGUCACUCACUCUCCCACGCUCUUCGGUUGCUUUGUUUUCGGCUUUCGGUCGGUCGCUCGGUUCGGUCACUCAGCAGCAUAAAAGCCGAAAAGCAAACAUACCGAUUCUGAUUCGAUAAAUACCUCGGCGAAAACAAAAACAUUGUUCGUUCGUUCGAUCCCAUCCCAAUUUCAUUUGGGCAGGACAGGAAGAAAGAAUUGCCAGUCGGUCGGUCGGUCGGUCGACACGACACGAAGCAGAAGUGGCGAGGGUUAGUGAAAGAGUUCGGUGCUCGAUGCGAUGUGAGCAUAUCCGAGAUUGCUCUUCGACCGCCCGACCGCCCACCCUGUCAGUUUUAUCGUUUCGCAGAUAAUAACGGCUGUUCGCCUUCCACUCCCUUUUCGUUUGUUCGUCCAUCUCCGCCGAAAUAUGCUGGAAUAUAUUCUUCAUUCUUUUGCAUGUUGCUUUCGCUCAAUUGCUAUCGCUGGAGGGGGUGGUCGGCAAAUUGAGGCUGGUGGUGGUUUGUGUGCAUUAUUGGCUCCCGAUCAAGGGGGUUCACAUCCGGAGCGAGAGCAUAAACGUUGCUGGAAAAUGUUCUGACCAGUGUGCUCCGUCUCGUCACUCACCCGCUACCCUUUCUGUUCUCAUUUGGUCCUUCGAGCCGGCUUCUCUAUCGAAGGCGGCAGCAUCCUUUGAAACUUCACGCAAAUUUCCCUUUUCCGAAACCUGUAGCGCGCGUUCGACUCUCCCGAGUUUUUACCGUUGAUGAUGUUGAUGCUGAUUCUUCUGAUGAUGAUGGUGAUGAUGCUGCUGCUAGGAGCCAGGAGAUUGUGGCAGCAGCAGAUGGUUUUGUGUCCCGAAAGUUGGAAAAUACUGCACGGCACCACGGACGGGUUUUUCAGUCAGCAUCCAUCCAGCAGUCGACAGUGACCGUCGUCGUCGGAGUUCGUCCUUGCCGUCAACGAUUGCACUUGUGCGAAAUAUUUAUAGGCAGAUUCGCAAACGAAUAGUUGCGUCGCGUAGUUGGCCGUUCUUCGAGUGUUUCGGUUCGAGUAGAAGAUAGCGAUUGGAAUCGGUGAAUCUUCCCGUGCGUAGGUAGAGCAGACAGCCAGACAGUGGAAAUUGUAGGCCGUGGACCGGUCUUCUUUCUUCGUCGUUGCGUGUCGUCGCGUGUUUAUGAACUAUAUGUCUCUGUAGACAAAGUGUCGUCAUCCGUCGCGGCCUGCUUGGUCGAUGUCAUUACCGGUUUCCGAGCGAGCGUUUUCUCAUCUGUUAUCCGGUCGUUUGUUUUGAUCGUUUGUUUCGGGGUCGACCGCGUGGUUUCGACUGAAGCAGUGACAAAGCCGGUACCCAGGGAAAGAGGUGGAGGUGGCUUAAAGAAGAGGAUUUAGCGCCCGAAACCCGGAUUGGAUAAUGUGAAACAUGUGUUGCUGGUUGCGUUCAAUUUAGAAUGAUGUGAUAAUAGGAUGAUUGAGUGAUGUCAGUUGGCUCUUUUAAGUACGGGGUUCCUAGCUGAAUAGUGAUGAUGAUGCCAAGGCAAUCCACGUAAUUCAGUGAUUAAUUGGUUGGUCUCGCGAGCUCGAGUGCUUUACCAGAUUACAUUAUCCUUCUGUUGCUGUAACCUUACUUCUCCUGGGAAUACCGGGACGCCCACGAAGGGACGCGGAGAGUGUAUUAAUUAAAAUUCCAUGUUCGUUUGGUGCGUCGAUUACUUCCAAUCCUCCGGCCUGGCCGUGUUUCGCCUCGAUGUAUGCAACAAUAGCGAUUAAUUAAAAUUUCAUGUGAAAAACAGAUUUUUGCGACCGCAGAACUGCAACGUGGGUAAUUUGUGGAACAUUGAAAUCGACCAUGUUGGCCGGAAUCGUUCGUUGGGUCAGCCCUCUGCUCCUGCUGCUUCCACUAAAGGGAGCCUCAGCUUCCCCAGACGGGGGAGGCUAUCUGAAAAUGUUUCCGGUCCAAUCCCAGUACGAUCCUUGCUACGAUGAGGACCGACCCCGAAGAUGUGUCCCCGAUUUUGUGAAUGCUGCCUUCGGGAUGCCAAUGCGAUCGCGCGUUCGACUCUCCCGAGUUUUUACCGUUGAUGAUGUUGAUGCUGAUUCUUCUGAUGAUGAUGGUGAUGAUGCUGCUGCUAGGAGCCAGGAGAUUGUGGCAGCAGCAGAUGGUUUUGUGUCCCGAAAGUUGGAAAAUACUGCACGGCACCACGGACGGGUUUUUCAGUCAGCAUCCAUCCAGCAGUCGACAGUGACCGUCGUCGUCGGAGUUCGUCCUUGCCGUCAACGAUUGCACUUGUGCGAAAUAUUUAUAGGCAGAUUCGCAAACGAAUAGUUGCGUCGCGUAGUUGGCCGUUCUUCGAGUGUUUCGGUUCGAGUAGAAGAUAGCGAUUGGAAUCGGUGAAUCUUCCCGUGCGUAGGUAGAGCAGACAGCCAGACAGUGGAAAUUGUAGGCCGUGGACCGGUCUUCUUUCUUCGUCGUUGCGUGUCGUCGCGUGUUUAUGAACUAUAUGUCUCUGUAGACAAAGUGUCGUCAUCCGUCGCGGCCUGCUUGGUCGAUGUCAUUACCGGUUUCCGAGCGAGCGUUUUCUCAUCUGUUAUCCGGUCGUUUGUUUUGAUCGUUUGUUUCGGGGUCGACCGCGUGGUUUCGA